UUCACUGGUAUUUAAAAUGUUGUUAACUUAUACUAUAAGUAAAUGUAAUAUUUAAUAUUUUAAAAGUAUUAAUCAUGUUUUACUUCUGUAUACAGUUCAGUGUCAGAUAUACUAUAUUUUAAUUUUAAUCAUAGAACUUAUGAAAUCUUGUCAUAUAACUAUCAUCAAAAAAAAAGUAAUAAGAAAAUUUGUACUUGCUACAAAAUUGUUAAUGUUGCAUGGCAUUCUAAUUAGUCUCACAAUAGAUAUUGUAGAUGAUAUCACAGCUAUAUAAAACCAAUAUUAUUUCAAAAAGAAUGCGAGUAAAAAUGCUUAAAACAUUUUUCAUGUUAUUAUUAAUGGUUACAACGAAAGUAAAUACUUCGAGAAUAUUGGCAGUUUUUCCAACCGCUUCUAUUAGCCAUCAAAUUGUUUUUCGGCCAUUGACACAAGAAUUGGCACAUCGUGGUCAUGAAGUAACAGUUAUCACUGCUGAUCCAGUAUUUUCACCUGGAAAAUGUCCCGAAAAUCUAAGAGAAAUUGAUGUACAUAAUAUAUCAUAUGGCGUUUAUACAGAAAAUACUGUGGAUAAAAGUUAUGCCAGAAGUGAUAUUAUUAUAGACCAGAUCAACCAUAUCAAUGGUUUGCUUACUGAAAUAAUACAAACGCAAUUAACUACAAAGGAAAUAAACGAUUUUAUUACUGAUAAUAAAAACGUAAAAUUUGAUUUGUUAUUAUUAGAAAUGUGUGCAAGAGCAUCUCUGAUAUACUCACAUCUAUUUGAUGCACCGGUAAUACAAUUUAGUUCAUUUGGAUUGUGGAUUGAUACUGAUAAAACCAUAGGAGCACCCACACAUCCUCUACUUUAUCCAAAUUUCUUGCAUCAGAAAUUAUAUGAUUUAUCUUUUUGGGAAAAAGUGUAUGAAAUAUACAAAGAUUGGGUUAUGAAAUAUAAUUCAUUUAUAUUGGAAUCAGUAGAAGUAAGAGAUUUCCUUCCUUUAUUCGCCCCCCAGACUACAAAUUAUGACAUUUUGAGGAAGAAUGUCCAUAUGCUAUCAAUUAAUUCUCAUCCUAUUUGGUACGAUAACCAACCGCUACCGUUAAACUUAGUUUCGAUGUGGGGAAUACAUAACAAAACUCAGAAGGAUCUUCCUCAGGAGCUGAAAACGUAUUUGGAUUCAAGCAAACGAGGAGUAAUUUACUUAAGUUUCGGAACAAAUGUAAAAUGGUCGCAGUUGCCACAAGAAAAGUUUGAAAUUUUUAAGGAAGUAUUAUCAAAUUUACAGUACGAUGUCUUAUGGAAAUGGGACAACGAUAAAUUUCCUAUUUUAUCAGGAAAUAUAAAGAUGUCGAAAUGGUUUCCACAAACAGAUAUUCUGAGACACCCAAACGUCAAACUGUUUAUAUCACAAGGUGGUCUUCAAUCUAUAGAAGAGGCAGUACAUGCUGGUGUUCCUCUAAUCGGUAUACCAAUGUUUAUCGACCAAUGGUAUAAUGUGGAGAAAAUUCGUCACCACAAAAUUGGCAUAAGGCUAGAAAUGGACACUUUGGAUAAAGAAAAACUUAAUGAUUCAAUACAUACUGUCUUGAAUGGUGCUAGAUUUAAGAAUAAUAUUUUACGAUUUCGGUCUUUGCUGUCUGACCAACGUCAUAGUGGCCUGGAUCAAGCUGUUUGGUGGACUGAGUAUGUUUUACAUCACGGAGGAGCGAAACAUCUUCAAGCACCUUCAGCACAUAUGUCUUGGGUUGAGUAUUAUGAUGUUCAACUUAUAUCUACAUUAAUAGGUGUUUUUGUUUCUUCAAUUGUUAUUUUUUAUUGUUUUGUUGUAAAAAUAUUCAUUUUAAAUAAAUUACUUAAGUGAU